AUGACCGGCGGGGCCGGGGCCGGGGCCGGGGCCGGGAUGGGGCAGCGCGAUCGCAUGUUCAAGGUGCUGGUGGUCGGGGACGCCACGGUGGGCAAGACAUCGCUGGUGCAGCGCUACGCGAACGACAGCUUCAACCGGCACUACAAAUCCACCGUGGGAGUGGAUUUCGCCCUCAAGGUGGUUCAGUGGUCGGAGUCGGAGACGGUGCGGCUGCAGCUCUGGGACAUCGCAGGACAGGAACGUUUCACGUCCAUGACCCGCCUGUACUACAGGGAGGCCUCAGCCUGUGUCAUCAUGUUUGAUGUCACCAACAUCAGCACGUUCAGCAACAGCCAGAAGUGGAAGCAGGAUUUGGACAGCAAACUCCUGCUGCCAGAUGGGAAUCCCGUGCCUUGCCUGCUGCUGGCCAACAAGUGUGACCUUUCCCCCUGGGCAGUGACAAGGGAAGAAGUGGAUCGGUUCAGCAAGGAAAACGGCUUUUCGGGAUGGGUGGAGACAUCUGUCAAGGAAAACAAGAAUAUCAACGAGGCCAUGAGAGUGCUGAUUGAAAAGAUGAUGUCCUCAUCCACGGGUGAUGGAAGUUCCUCCACUGCUGGGAGUGGGGAUUAUAUUAACUUUAAAGAGACCUCCCCACCAGGCUGGGCGUGUUGUUAGAGCCCCUGACACUCCAGCUCCUCGGGUCUGGCACUGAUGGUCCUUCUGUUAUCAUCAUCCUAUC